AUGGAGAAUUUAAAUAGAGGAGGUUUCACUUUUGACCUUUGCAAGAGAAAUGACUUGAUUGAAAAGACAGGAUUAAAGAUGAAAGGAUUUUUAAAGACUGGUACAACCAUUGUUGGUGUUGUAUAUAAAGAUGGUGUUGUUUUGGGUGCUGAUACACGUGCUACUGAAGGUCCAAUCGUAGCAGACAAGAAUUGCGAAAAGAUACACUAUAUUGCAGACAAUAUCUAUUGUUGUGGUGCUGGUACUGCCGCCGACACUGAAAACACCACCAACUUGAUCAGCUCUAAACUUAAACUUCAUCAACUCGCAACGGGCAAGCAACCACGUGUCAUCACUGCACUCACCAUGCUCAAGCAAAUGCUCUUCAAAUACCAAGGACACGUCUCUGCCGCCCUCAUUCUCGGUGGUGUCGAUGUCAUCGGUGGUGUUGUCACUCCAUCACUCUUUACCAUCCAUCCACACGGAUCUACCGAUCAAUUACCAUACGUAACCAUGGGUUCUGGUUCACUUGCUGCUAUGGCAAUCUUUGAAGCUUUCUAUAAAAAAGAUAUGACUAAAUUAGAAGCAAUGACAUUGGUAGCUGAUGCAAUCAAGAGUGGUAUUUUCAAUGAUUUGGGUAGUGGUAGCAAUGUAGAUGUUACUGUCAUUUCACAAGAGGGUGUUGAGAUCCAUCGUGGAUACGAGAAGCCAAAUGAACGUAAAUACAGAUCGAAUCCAUACAAUUUCAAGAAGGGUACUGCUCCAGUUCUCAGUACAAGCACUUUAGAACCAUUAGGAUCACGUAUAAUUAUUGAAGAUGUUACAAUGGAAGGUUAA